UAAUUCUUUUAAUUUCUCAUCAAAAAAACACUCUUUUUUUCAGCAAAAUAUUUGAGCAAACAAUCUUUUUUUCAACAAAAUAAAUGAGCAAAAUGGAGGCUGCCAAGGAGGAUCCAUUGAACUGGGGUGUUGCUGCGAUGUCGCUAACCGGGAGCCACCUUGAUGAGGUUAAGAAAAUGGUGGAGCAGUAUCGAAAUCCAGUGGUUAAACUAGGUGGCGAAACGCUGACUAUUGCUCAAGUAGCAGCGGUCGCCACCAAGAAUGCCACUGAGGUUAUGGUGGAGUUGUCGGAGUCUGCUCGGGCUGGAGUGACCGCGAGUAGUGAUUGGGUGAUGGAUAGCAUGAUGAAAGGUGGUGAUACUUACGGUGUCACUACGGGUUUUGGUGCUACCUCUCAUAGGAGAACCCAAGAAGGGGGAGCUCUUCAACAAGAGCUCAUUAGAUUCUUGAAUGCCGGAAUCUUUGGCACUGGAACAGAAUCUGACCACAAGUUGCCACAAACCACCACAAGAGCCUCCAUGUUGGUCCGAAUCAACACCCUCCUCCAAGGCUAUUCUGGCAUCCGAUUCGAAAUCCUGGAAGCCAUCACAUCCUUUCUCAACCACAACAUCACCCCAUGCCUCCCCCUUCGGGGUACCAUAACUGCCUCUGGCGACCUUGUCCCACUCUCAUACAUUGCCGGAAUCUUAACUGGCCGCCCUAACUCGAAAGCCGUUGGCCCAACCGGAGAAAUGCUCAACGCCACCACCGCGUUUCAACACGCGGGGAUCACCACUGGUUUUUUCCAGCUACAACCUAAAGAAGGACUUGCCUUAGUUAAUGGGACCGCAGUUGGAUCUGGAUUGGCUUCAGUAGUUCUUUUUGAAGCCAACAUUCUUGCGGUCUUGUCCGAGGUCAUAUCUGCGGUUUUCGCUGAAGUAAUGCAAGGAAAACCGGAGUUUACUGAUCAUUUGACACAUAAAUUGAAGCACCACCCUGGCCAGAUUGAGGCUGCUGCUAUCAUGGAACAUAUUUUGGAUGGUAGUUCAUAUGUGAAAGAGGCUAAGAAGAUACAUGAACUUGAUCCGCUACAAAAGCCGAAGCAAGAUCGGUAUGCGCUUCGUACGUCGCCGCAAUGGCUCGGUCCGCUUAUCGAAGUGAUUCGUACCUCGACGAAGUCGAUUGAAAGGGAGAUUAAUUCGGUUAAUGAUAACCCAUUGAUUGAUGUUUCGAGAAACAUAGCGCUUCAUGGAGGGAACUUUCAGGGCACCCCGAUAGGCAUGUCGAUGGAUAACACUCGGUUAGCCAUCGCUUCCAUCGGGAAGCUCAUGUUUGCUCAAUUUUCUGAGCUAGUAAAUGACUUUUACAACAAUGGGUUGCCGUCAAAUCUGUCAGGUGGUCGAAACCCUAGUCUAGAUUACGGGUUCAAAGGGGCUGAAAUCGCCAUGGCGGCCUACUGCUCAGAACUCCAGUUCCUGGCUAACCCAGUGACCAAUCAUGUCCAAAGUGCCGAGCAACAUAACCAAGACGUGAACUCGUUAGGGUUGAUUUCUUCACGAAAAACAGCUGAGGUCGUUGAGAUUCUAAAGCUAAUGUCAUCAACUUACAUGGUAGCACUCUGCCAAGCAGUCGACUUAAGGCACUUGGAGGAAAACCUAAAGUCCACGGUUAAGAAAGUGGUUAGCCAAGUGGCUAAGAAAGUCCUAACCACGGGUUCCAACAGCGAGCUUCACCCGUCUCGGUUUUGUGAGCAGGAUUUGCUCAAAGUUGUAGACCGUGAACAUGUGUUUUCUUACAUUGACGACCCAUGCAGUGCAACAUACCCUCUCAUGCAAAAGCUAAGGCAAAUCAUAGUUAACCAUGCACUCGCAAACAAUGAAGCCGAAAUGGAUUCUAACACAUCGAUCUUCCAAAAGAUCGUUGUGUUCGAGGAAGAACUACAUACCCUUUUGCCAAAAGAAGUCGAAAACACUCGACUCGAUCACGAAAGUGGGAAAUUGGGCAUAUUGAACAGGAUUGAGGAAUGUAGAUCCUACCCAUUGUACAAGUUCGUGAGGACAGAGCUUGGAACCGGUUAUUUGACCGGAGAGAAGACGGUGUCACCUGGGGAGGAGUUUGAUCGGGUUUUCUCAGCAAUAUGUGCUGGAAAAUUGAUUGAUCCUUUGCUAGAUUGCUUGAAGAUGUGGGAAGGGACUCCCCUUCCUAUCUCAUAAGUGAAAGUUGAUACAUUUGGGUUAUGAUUUAUUUAUGUGUCAUGUAAGUUACAUAAAACCACACUUUUUUUAAGGUUUGUAACUGGAUUUAUUAAAGGUUUGUAACUGGAUACAUACCUUGUCGAUCUUGUAUAUUUAAAUUUGUUGGAUGAUCAAAUUGUAAUAUAAAGUUUUUAUUUUGGUUUUUAUUAUCAAAUUGUUGUAUUAACUAUCGAAA